AAAUAUCGUCGGGUUAAUUCAAAUCGGAUCCUAUAUUAGGGUUUGAAACUCAAAAUCAACAACUCCUCCACUGGCGGGAAGAUUAAUCUCAUACAAUUAACAAAUUAAUAAUUAAUAUUUUUUGGGGAAAAUGUCAUUCAUCGAAGAAUUUCAAGCCAAUAUAGAAGCUCUUCCGAACCAUUUACGGAGGAAGUAUGCCUUACUGCGUGAUUUAGAUAAAAGUCUGCAAGGAGUCCAGAGGCAAAAUGAACAGCGUUGUGAGAAAGAAAUAGAGGAUAUGAUACAGCGUAUUAAGGCUGGUAAUGUGACACCAGACUCUUCACUAAUCAAAUUCUCUGACGAUGCAUUGGAUGAGCAAAAGCAUGCAAUCAGGAUUGCUGAUGAGAAAGUUGCAUUAGCUGCCCAGGCAUAUGAUCUGGUAGACGCUCAUAUUCAGCAGCUCGAUCAGUACUUGAAGAAGUUUGACGAAGAGCUCCGGAGAGAACGGGAUAUUGCUGUUGUUACUGGAACUCCUGCUACCACUGUUGAAAAUAAUGUCAAAUCUGGAAGGUCUGGUGAGGGCAAGGGAGGGCGUAAGAAAACACGUCUUGCUACAGCAGCAGCAGCAGCUACAGCCACUGCAGCAGUAGCAGCAACACCAAGUGGAAUGGAUUUGGAUCUGCCUGUUGAUCCAAACGAACCAACAUACUGUUUCUGCAAUCAAGUUAGCUAUGGUGAAAUGGUUGCUUGCGACAAUCCUAAUUGCAAAAUAGAGUGGUUCCACUACGGCUGCGUUGGUCUCAAAGAACAGCCCAAGGGAAAAUGGUUUUGUGCGGAUUGUGCAGGAACGCAAAAGAAGCGGAGAGGCAGAUGAUAGAAGUAGAAGAAAACAACCCAGUAUACUGAUUUAGAUGUUUUCGCACUGGAAUAAAUUUAUGUAGAUACUGUUUUUGUUCUUUUGUUAUGUGUAGGCUGUAGCCAUCCAUUAUUAACAAGUCACCCAUGCAGCAUUCUAAUUUUAGGAUGAAAGUACUUAAAAGCUCAAAGAUUAAUGGUGAGUAUUGGUGAUUUUUUUGA